AGCAGACCAAAGCCUGGCUCCCAAGUUCAGUCCCAUUCAAUGGAAAGCAGUGCAGAGGCAGCGUGCAGAGGGAGAGAAGGCUGCAGGACACCUAGCCACCAGACCUCUACCCUGGGACUGCGGAAGCAGCUCUGACCAGCCCCAGCCCCUGAGCACUGCCUGCCAGGGUCACGUUACCCAGAGGAGCCUUAAGAAGCAGCUUUCAGAACCGAGACUGGCUGGAGAGAGCGGACCAGACAAGAGCCCAUUAUUACAGCAGGGAUCAUACAGUCUGUCGGCUGCGUUAUGUAACUAGAACUAACAUUAUUAGUGUUCUUAUUUUUAAUAGUGCGUUAGUCGUUAAAUUAUUUUAAAAAAUUUAAAUAUUUACUUUGAAUAUAUUUAUAUCUUUUUUGAUUGCAAAUACUUCGAUUGUCACUGGUGGAUAAGAAUGUUUGGGCAACUUGAUUGAGGAACUACAUUUAAAGUACUGGGCUGAGCAAAAUAUUUUCUAGUUGCCAAAACUAAUACUCGAUAAGGAGAAGAAAACCAACAGCAAUCCUGGUUUUUGUUUUGUUUUCUAAAAAAAUACAGAUGGUUUUUGUUUUCAAAACUCAAAAAGGUUUUUUUUUUCCAACAGAGGAAACAAAUUAAAACAAUAUAAUAUAUUUUUAAAAGUCAAAUGAAUGUAUUUUCAAUGAAUCCUGACCCAACAGUCAGACACCACCAGGCACUGCAUGCUUGUGUGUGCUUGUAGUAAUUCAGGCUUGUAGUUAAUUAAAUCUAUUUUCAUUAACCAGCACUGGGAAAAAACAAAACAAAACAGUGCUUAAAAAAAUUCCGCUUUCUACCCUGUACCAGCAGAUUACCAUCGUCCUGACUUAAGACCGUCAUUCUUCAUUUUUUGUUUUGUUCAGUUGCCUGGGAUCUGUGUGCCAUACCCCUACAGCCCAAGACAAAACUCUCUUUCCAGGACGUUUCAAGAAACUUCAUAAGAACUUUUACAGAAGCUUGAGAACGCGCUCAGAGUUGUGCGAUGGGGCGCUGAGUAGUGUUUUUAGAAGCCUUGUGGAUUACUGUUGGACUCCCUUGGAAAGACAGAGAGACAGAGAGGGAGAGGGAGCGUGCGAGGGGUCGCGGGGGAGCUCUGAAUGAGCACCGACCCACGGCGUUCGGGAUGGGGAUUCAAGGCAUGGAGAUCCUCGCGGUGGGGGUGGUCCUCUUUAUGUUUAUGGCCGUCCUCAAGCAGUUCGGGGUCCUUGAACCCAUGGAAGACAGCAGUGAAAGUGAUCUGGAGCUGUCGACAGUGAGGCACCAGCCGGAGGGUCUGGAUCAGCUGCAGGCGCAGACCAAAUUCACCAAGAAGGAGCUGCAGUCUCUGUACAGGGGCUUCAAAAACGAGUGCCCCAGUGGUCUGGUGGAUGAGGAGACCUUCAAGAUGAUCUACUCUCAGUUCUUCCCACAAGGAGACGCCACCACCUACGCCCACUUCCUGUUCAAUGCCUUCGACAUCGACAGGACCGGCUCCAUCCGCUUCGAGGACUUUGUCAUCGGACUCUCAGUGCUGCUUCGAGGCUCAGUCCACGAGAAACUGAAAUGGGCCUUCAACCUCUAUGACAUCAACAAGGACGGCUACAUCACCAAGGAGGAGAUGCUGGCGAUCAUGAAGUCCAUCUACGACAUGAUGGGGAACUACACGUACCCCUCGGUGAGAGAGGACACCCCCUUCGAGCACGUUGAGAAGUUCUUCCAGAAGAUGGACAGAAACCAGGAUGGAGUGGUGACGAUUGAUGAGUUCAUGGAGACUUGUCAAAAGGAUGAAAACAUCAUGAGCUCCAUGCAGCUGUUCGAGAAUGUGAUCUAGAACUCCCCGGAACAAUCCAGAACGUCUGCAUCCAUCGCCUGCCGUCACCCACCCACCCAGCUAUUCCUGUGUCAACAAGACUGAACUUUUUAUAUAGAAACAUAUGGUGAAUAUAUAUAAACAUAUACAAACAACAUGUACACUACCCACAGAGACAAGAUUGCUGUUUCCUAGUAACGAAACUCUUGAAAGAACAAUGGUCCA